GCCUCCAUCUCCUUGUGGCCUCUGAGCCAUCUCAGACAGCCCAGCUCCAGGUUCAUCUGUGCUUGCUCUCCGGGGCUCACACUGCAAAUCCAGGCUUGCACUGGGAGUGACUGAUGGCAUCAGGCCUCCCAGCAGCAGGCAAGUGCAUGCCUGCAGCAGAGAGCCACUCAGGAAGGAGGCUUUGCACAUGGCAAGCAAGCAGCAAGAGCUCUGAAACCUUAACAUUAGCGAGGAAGGUGAUGGUAAUACACAAGGAAGAAGCAGUGGGAGGCAGCAGGCAUCCCACACCCCUCUCUGUGCCUGGCACAGCUCAGUGGAGCCCAACACACCACGUGCCUGGAGUACAGCUCACUUUCAGCAUUUCAAAUUUGCCGGAUGAUAACCUCAGUGCCUGAGUUCACAGCUCUGAUCCCACCCACUUGUGCUGCCUUCACAAGCUGAGACACACACGCUGGAGGAAAGUUGGAGGCAGCGCAGCCACCGAGGGCUCCCACCUGCUAUGGGGCUGUAGGAAAGCAGCACUUUUCCCAGGUUGUCCUCAGGAGGUGGCAAAGCUCUGUCCCUGCUGGAGCACUGCUGACCGCUGUCACCAACCAAACAUGCAGCGCAUAUGAGACCCCACCGAACCUGCCCCCAUGGUCACUCAGAAGAAAGGAGAAAGCAGGAGAGGAAAAGGGAGCAGUUGAGACCCACCAGCAGCUGCUGCAGGUGAUCGGCUCCAGCACUGAGCUCCCAGAUGGGAGCAACAGGCACAAGCGAGUCACGGGGCACAUCUUUCCCUAGGCUGUAUCAUUCCUAGCAUACAAGGCUGAACCUAUGGAGUGACUGCAAUGUUCUCCAAGGCCACUGUAGGCCCAAGGUUGCUUUGGAAAAGACACUAGGCCUGCCUGGUAGAGGCUCACUCCAAGUAGGUUUGGAGACAGUGAGAGCAGUACUGCUCCAUCCAUGCACUAUGGAUUCAUGUCACAACCAUACAAGCUCUCAAAAAAGGAUGGACUUCCCCCUGCAGCUGCUGGUUGGUUCCUGCCUCACCAUCCUUAUCGUGAUCACACUCUGUGGCAAUGUCAUCGUCUGCCUGGCCGUCACCCUUGACCGCCGACUCCGCAGCUUGACAAACUGCAUCGUUGUUUCCUUGGCCAUCACUGACCUGCUGCUGGGCCUCCUGGUGCUACCAUUUUCUGCCUUCUAUGAACUCACCAAAGAGUGGCCCUUUGGCAGCACUUUGUGCAACAUCUACACCAGCCUCGAUGUCAUGCUGUGCACGGCUUCCAUCCUGAACCUCUUAAUGAUCAGCCUGGACCGCUACUUUGCCGUCACCACCCCACUCCGCUACAACCAGCUGGUCACUCCCUCCCGGGUGGCUGUGGGUUUAGUUGUUAUUUGGACCGUUUCACUGAUGAUGUCUUUCCUACCCAUCCACCUGGGCUGGAACACCAAUGGGACAGCAGUCCAAAACACAGGCCGCAGCUGCAACACGGAGUGCAUACUGGAGGUGAAUCCUGUGUAUGGGCUAGUGGACGCCUUGCUCACCUUCUACAUCCCUUUGGUCAUCAUGUGCAUCACCUACUAUCGGAUAUUGAAGAUAGCAAGGGAACAAGCCAAGAGGAUAAACCACACGUGGUGCUCCAGCAGCAACACCCCCAUGCCACCCAUGGUGAAAGAGCACAAAGCCACCGUGACGCUGGCGGUGGUGUUGGGAGCAUUCAUUGCAUGCUGGUUCCCCUAUUUCACAGUGUUCACAUACCGGGGGAUGUGGGGGGACAGCAGGGUGAAAGGCACACCCAUGUCUGUUGUCCUCUGGCUGGGUUACGCCAACUCAGCCCUGAACCCCAUCCUCUACGGGACACUGAACAGGGAUUUCCGGGUGGCAUACCAGCACUUGCUGCACUGCUGGAGGACUGGGGGCCCCAGCAGCUCCUGCCUGCCUCCCAUACAGAAGUCCCAGUCCAGGGGCAGGAGCAGCAGGCAGGGCCAGGGCAAGCAGGAGGGUAAACCCCUGAAACUGGAGAUGAGGAACGGGAAGGGGAUCUUGCUGACUGAUGGAGCCCUCAAGAGCACCAGAGCCUUCCCAUGAGUCCCAGCCAGCCUGCUGCCCUAGGACCCACAUCUCCCAGCCUUCAACUCCUGGCUGCCCUCUUCCAAAAUCCUGUGAGGUUGAAACGACAACACUCAAUUUUCCUCAGGGAGAAACUCAACGGCAGAGGCGAGGGCUGCAGGGAUCCCUGCUCUGGCACACAGCAUUUGCUCCAUCCCCAGACACUGCUGGAGAGGCCUUUGCCCGCCCGAGUUUCUUCCCAGGAGGGUGGUGUGUUUGAAGAGCCCUCGAAGGAGCUGCAGCAGAGCCUCUCACCUGCUCUGUCUGGGCUGUGACACCUCCAGCAUCGAGCCCCACACCAGCAGGCAGUGGUGCCCAAGGAUCUGGGUUGGGAGCCAGCAUGUGUCCCUAGCAGGGCCAGGGUGGGUUGCCCUCCCUAGGCCUACAGGAGUGGGUCAGGCUGGGUGGUCACAGGCCAGGGGGAGAAGGGGCUGCAGAAAACGUCUUGGUGCCAGACAGAGUAGCCAAGGAUGGAGAAGGGAAGCACAGGCACUGCCUCCCUGGUGCCCUGCCUGAGGGCCAUAUUCACCCCUCAGAGAGGGCAGGGGUCCUGGCAGAGAGAUGGACGAUGUGGCCAGAGGGCUAGGCAGCCACGAGUGCUGGAUGUCCAUGCACAGGAUGCCCAGUCCUGCAGCACCUAUGCUGGGGCAAGCCUGCCUCCCAUGUUGGGGAGGUUUUGGCAUCAUUGGGGCCAUCCCUGUUCUCUUUGUCUGCUUCACACCCCCCGUCCCAGCCCCACUGCAAGAAGAGGAGAGGCUCUGGAGCCUUCUGAGCCGCAGGGAGACACUAAACAGCUGGGAUUUGUCCCUGGGGUCUACCGUCCCCAGCAGCUCAACACUAAGACUGCCAAAACAAGAUGUUUCUGCACUAAGCCUGUGCAGAGUCAUCUAGGUUAUAAAAAUCUAUUUAACACAGAGGGAAAAUGUGGUGAUUGAUGUAUUUAGGUGUAUUCUGUCCUGAGAAGAACCUCCCUGUCCCCCUAUGCCCUGCUGUCCCAUUCCCAUCCCUCUGCUGGGACAGAGCCUGGACACACACAGCACAAGCCCCCAGGAUACAGGUUGCAGCCACUUGAGGUAGGGCUGGCACCCCCCACAGAGAGCCCCUUGCCCCGUGGGACCAGCUAGAUUAUAUUCUCCCUGGUCCCUGAGCUGGUGGGAAGAAGGAGGCAGCUGGCAGGGGGGACCAGGUAGGACUGGAAUGAACAAGAAACCCUUGCUGUCCUGCGGGGCAAAAGUUUUCCUCCUGGAAUAAGCCUGACCCACAUAAUCUGUGGGCAUAGCAUGCUUGUUCUGCACCCCACAUCAUCCCCUGUUUGCAGGAUCCCCCCAUGAAGGGAGAGUGCUGGGCCACCAGGCCAGCUGGUUUCAUGUGUCCCAGGGCUUUGCCCUGAGAGGGUGAGUGGGUGAUGGCAGAGCUCAGUCUCACGGGCCCCUCCAGCUGCUCCGGGACACUCCCGCCCUGAGCUUCAGGAUCUCCGGGAGGGUGGGGGUGCUUGGAA